CCACCACCACCCCUUCUCUCGCGUUCUCACAUGCGCGCACUGUGACGCGCGCUUUAGAAAAGUGCAAUGCUCUGGAUUCGGGUCUUUCCUCGAGAGCGAUGAACGUCGGAUAUAACUGCGUUUUGUGACUUCAUUAUUAGCAGCCAGAGGUUAUUUGCACAGACUGCAUGCUCAGACCAGAUCAACGUAGGCUUAUGCCUCUGUAGGAUGCUGUUGUGAUUUCACUAUUGAACUACGGAGUCGUUGUGGAACUUUAAGCUCAUCAUUAAUAGGAUUUCACCCCGUUUCUGUUCAUUUCAGCAUUUUUCUUAAUUUAAGUUGACAUCUUUUUUGGGACAUCUUUCACUGUCUGAUCGUCUGGGGAUCAGGUUUGCGCUGCGGAUCGAGCGUCCAGGUGCACUGCGAUGCGUCCAUUCCAACCUGCGUGCUGGUGCCUCAUCAUCAUCCUGUCUGUGGACGUCCAGCCCCGCCAUAUGACGCUGACCAACAUGGUGCACGGACACAGGCUGAGCUCGAGUUUAUCCGAAGUUCGUGGUGGCUUAGAUCGCACGGUUGCCCUCGACAACACCGCCAGCCAACCAGAGGAAGGCGUGGCGCGGAGGACCGCGGCGCCCGGCGAGGCCCCGGUGAGGCUGUCCGAAGCGGCGCCUGAACAGAACGACCGCGUCCCCGAGGGGGGCCCGGGGACCCCAAGGCGGGGUCCCCGGGCCCGUCGCCAUGCCAACCACGCGGUGGGGAGGAGCCACGUGCAUCUGAUGAGGGUCGGCUGUGUCCUGGGCACCUGUCAGGUCCAGAACCUCAGCCAUCGGCUCCAUCAGCUGAUUGGACGGAGGGGGAGAGAAGACUCCUCCCCCAUCAACCCACGUAGCCCGCACAGCUACGGAUAGCCGCGCGCUCGUUGCGGCGCCACCGCCGCCACGGAGGACCGUCCAAGGCCAAACCUUUAGCCAGACUCCGGUACAACAUUCGUCCUUUUAUCCAAAGCAACCGUUUUCUAGAGACACAGGUCCUUUAGGCGUGGGCGGUGGAGGCCUGAAGAUAGACUUCGGACAACCCAGUGACAUGUCCGCGUGAAGGCUCGUGUCUCUGACGGUUAAUACAGGCAAUAAAUUCUACGUGUCCCACUUUGAUGUGGGACCUGAUAGUCCAUGGAUUAAUCGUACCUAAUAAGUUCACUCUAAUAUAUUAGUACGUCCCAUUUACAAUCACAUUGAGAGUCUUUACUUGUGUCUUUACACACAUUCAUUUUAAUUAAGCAACCACCGAAACCCGCAACCUUGGAAUAGGCCAAGAAAAAAAACAGAAAGAGCCCUUGGGAAAGGACACGUCUGAGCAUUGCUAGUUUGUCGUCCUUUUUUUUUUAAUGCUAAACUAAAUAUUUUGGAUCAGUGUCACUGUGCACCAUGACCUCCAGACCGAGGAUUAAUGUUUGUGCAGUUUCACAAAUCAGUUAAUGAUCAAAAGUCUGUCAGACGAACUCAAAACCCCGAGAACCAAGGCGUUUCGCUUUAUUCCGCCUCAUAUUUGUUUAGACCAACAUGUUGCCUUGAGGCGGGAUUCUGUAAGCGCUUAAUUGCCUCAUAAGCGACGACAAAACACGACCAGAACUAGUCAACUUUUUGCCAGCUGGAGGAAAAGGUAACACUGUGUCAGGACGACGACAAUCUUAGGAUAACUUUUAGGUUUUCACGUCGACGCCAUGUUGACCGGCCACUGUAGAAAUGCACAAAAAGCCUCUUCUUCUUCCCCAACAAGUCAUGCUAUAAAACAAUAGGACUUCUGGAUCCCAGAGUACUACUAAUCAGGGCCUUAUCAACUCAUUCUGCUCUCCACAUAAGUAGCUUUUCAACAGAACUUUACAACCAAAGCCUUUAACCGCUUUCCCUAAAACCCUUUAGAGAUUAACCCGAAUAACCACUAGCCUUAAACCUAAUCUAAUCUUCUUUUUUAAAAGCUGAUAAACAAACCCUUUAGAGAUCAACCCGAAUAACCACUAACCUUAAACCUAAUCUAAUCUUCUUGUUUAAAAGCUGAUAAACAAUCGACAGCCUUCCAUACAUACAUAUUGAUAUAUAUAUAUAUAUAUAUAUAUAUAUAUAUAUAUAUAUAUAUAUAUACAUACAUAGAUACAUACAUAGAUACACAACACAGUAUAUAUAUAUAUACUGUGUUGUGUUUCUAUGCAUGUAUAUAUGUAUAUUUAAAUUGACAAUGCCUUUGGUUACUUUUCGUUCACCACUCCAUUCUUCAACUGUUAGGUUAUGUCCAUGGGGACGAGGUAGUCACAUUACGGAUGAUUUCAUUAAACAUCACAGCGUGUAAUGAUUGUAAGUAUUAUGUCCCUUCUCUUGUUCUCCGGACCAUUUGUCCAUGGUUGUUCUAAAAGGUCAAGUGUUAUUGGGAACACAAAAAGCACUUUAUCAUCUGUUCCUUUCAGUGAGACUCGAAAUUGUAAAGAAAUAUUAUUUAACGUUAAAUUAACACUGCCAUCUUGCUGUAAAUAUUUAGUGUUGCUCAAGCUGUCCAUAUAUAACUAUUUUAAAGAUUAAAGCCUUCUAAACAAAACAUCUCUUGCUUGUAUCGUAAUCUUUUGUUGUCUAAUAAAGCUUGUAUCAAAGUAUCAA